AUGGAUAAUCUUUUUACAAUAAACAUAAAUCCAGACAAAAAUGUUCGCUUAAAUACAAAUACAGAAAAGAAUCAGUUGGGGAAUUUCGGGAGGGAUAGGGAGGGUCUUACAGUGCCCCCCGAUGAGGAAUACAACAAAAAUAAUGGAAACAAGAACAAUACGAAUGAUAACAAUAAUAACCACUGUAGCGUCGAAGAAGAUGAAGUCAUAACCCUGGAAAUGGAUCAAAUCAGCACAAACGAUAGUUUCGAUAUGCUGGAAGAAUUAAACGAAAAUCAAAUUAAUGACUAUGAAAAUAUGAGGAAGAAAAUUCGAGCUCAUAUUUUGACCAGUUUUCAAAAGGAUAAUAUUUUAAUUGAGGGACCCGAACAUUUGGAACAAGAUUCUUUUUUUAAGGAACAUAAAUUGGAAAGGAAUGAAAACAAAUUACUGAAAUUGAGGAAAGAUAAAAUUUAUCUCAUCGUUUCAUCUGCCUCUCAGGAGAGAAAUAAAAGGAGCAGGCAAAAUGAGGCCAGCAACAGAUAUUACUAUGACCCAAAUGUGAUUGGCGAAGAUAAGCCGGGGGAUUAUGACAAUUUUGUGGAUGUCCUUUUGGGAAGGGAGGCGCCGCGGAAGGGGUCCAACCCCCCAUCGAAAGGUGUAGUUGCUGUGAAGGAAGAGAGAGAAAAAAACGCUGCCACCGAUGCGGGUGAAGAAAACGCUGCCACCGAUGCGGGUGUAGAAAAUGCUGCCACCGAUUCGGGUGAAGAAAACGCUGCUAUCGAUGCUGGUGUAGAAAAUACUGGGGACGACUCAAUUGACCAAGUGGGAACUGUCGAAAUAGAAGAAAAAACCGUGCAGGAGGAGGACCCCCCCCCAGUGGUAAUCGAAAACGCGGAGGGGGGCACUCCAAAAAAAGGGACCACGGAUGAAAGUGCAGAAUUUUGUGCAGAAAGGUGUGUACAAACGUGUGAAGAAAUUUGCCCAGACGAUUCCAAGUCCAACCACGUGGUAGACGAUUUUCGAGAAAAAAUAAAAAAUUGGCUAGUAAAAUUCCCAGACAUCAAUUCCGAAAAUUUGUUUUUCCACUUUUACUUCCAAAGCGAAUUGUAUAAAGAAAAAAAGUACACAUGUCAGAACUGCGGAUCUAGCGAUUGCGACAGAGAGUUGACAUUCAGACAUGUGUGUAGAAAUACAUACUGCUUCCUAUGCUAUAAACGAGUGACUGGACCGAUUUGCCACAACACCAAGGCACAAUAUGUUGCAUUCAAAGCGAAUACAGGAAAGCUUAUAAAUGACUUAAAAUAUAUUCAAUAUCCGUACAAAAGUAUGUCCUGCUUAAAUUGUUUCUCAAAUGACCAUCUGAAAUGUGGAAGGCCUCCAUACAUUUACGCCAAGCACACGUACAACGUUAGGAGGGAAUAUAACAGCAAGUUGGAUCCAUCCUAUUUUGUCUACUUGAGAAAUCCAAGAAAUAUAUGGAUUUUACAUGAACCCAAAACGAAUGAACAGAAGGGAAACAAUGACGGUGAUAAUAAUGCCCUGCGAAAUGUGGACAAUCAGUCCGGUCAGAACAGCAGCAGUGGUGGCAAUGGAGGUGGCAGUGGAGGUGGCUACGGACGUGGGGGCGAACACGGCAAUCGACGCAAUAACAGACGUGGCAGCGAGAAUAGCCAAACCGCAGCAAACCAGGAACGAGUCGGAGCUGCCCUACACAACCGCCACAAAGACGACAGCAAUUUUAGCAGCAAUCACAACGUGUACAUGGUAGAAGACAAGCAUUCAUAUGACAGCAGCAAACGUAAGGUAAUCCUCACAAAGUAUUCUUUUAACGAUAAUGCACAAAGGAACAAGCAGAAGAGGAAUUACAAUACGUACGAUCAAGAUAGCCAAAAUAAUUUCCACUCGAAUAAUAAAAGACACAAGAAUGAUGCCCACCAAAGCAGUAGUUACUAUGAUUACAAAAAUAAGCAACAGGUACGCAAUGAUAAGCAUGACAACAUAAGUGACUUUUACCAACACGGCGGGAAACAUGGCAAUGGAAAUAGAGAUAACGACCAGUACAGUAGUAGACAUCACAAUAAGAAUAGGUACAUUCAUGACAAUAGCAUUGGCGAUUACUAUAACAAUGAUGACAGGGGUCAGGACAACAGAAACAACGGCAAUAAUCAUCCAGGCAGUUACUAUAACUUACAUAACGAGACCAAUGAUGGCGCCAAGGGAUACACGAGUGGGCAAAUGUAUAGUGCUAGGGCAGGUCUAUACAAAUUCUCGAACGCCUCCAGUGGUCAAUUUAGUAAUCCAAGAGGUGGUUCCUCCAUGAAACCAAAUAAUGCUAACUUUCAUGUGAAUAAAAAUAACUCUCACAGUAUGUACAGCAGACAUCCGAAUAAUCAGCACUAUGAUAAUAAUCCCAAACGCAACCAGAGCAAAGGCAACCACGGAAGUUACAGCGGUCACAAUAGUAACGUAGCUCUCCACAAGCACAAUGACCACAGUGGGAACGGACUCGCUAACAACAAAGGGGGAAACACCUUGUACAAAAACACGUAUAAGAACGUGCACCCCGAUAGAGGCGGUUAUCACGACUACCGAUAA